AAAUUACUUGAUCUAUGACUCAAUUCCAAAAUGCUAAUGUUAGUAUCACUAUAUGCAAAAAGUUCUUCCUGCACUUUUUUUAUUACCUAAAAAUAUAUAUCAUUAUCAAUGGAUUGGAUCGAUAAAUUUUAAAAUACGACAGUAUUAAUCAAGUUAUAAGUAUAUAAUAGAGCAAGUAUAUAAUAUUCAAACUUUUUAAACAAAUCUUACCGUAAUUUGAAACGAAAAUAUAAAACAAUGAAUUGAAUUCUCAAUUAAAAAAAAACAUUUUAUUUAUUAUAAAAGAAUAUAUUUAAUUACUUCGGCCUUUACUUUUAAUUAUUGUCAAGUGGCAUACGAGACGAUCGAAUGAACGAGUUUGACCCCUAGCCAGUAAACUGGCUAAUCCUAAGUUUUCAUUCUGUGAAUUUACUAUUCCUUUAAUAUAUUUUAAAUUUUAUAUGUUUUAAUAUUUAUUUUAAUAUUCUGUUUUAUAUCAUUAUUUUAUUUCUAUAUUUUAAAUAUAUUUUUAUAAUCAAUUAAAAGUUUUCAACAUCAUAUUAUUUUUAUAAAACUUUGUGGACAAAAUAAAUGUUUCGCGAUACCUCAUGCGGAAGCUUGGCCGGUCCGGCUCCAAAAUUAAUCACAGGGCUGUUGCUUUGCUUGCUCAUUGUGAAUCGUACUGGACGUCUGGUACGGGAAGACUGAGCUAAUGUAGGGGAACCGAUUUCCGAUUCAACGAAUCACGUUAUCUCUGUGUGAAUGUCUUGGACUAGAUUUAUCUCGUACGGUUACUACUCUCUCGUUUACUGAUGCUUUGUAUAUACAUAUGCUACAAUGUGUUCACUAAAAAACUUCAAUUUCCAAACGGUUUAUUUAAUCAUGGACUAUUCUAAGGAAAAUCUACUACCGUUCACCGUCUGCUUGACUUUCUCUCUGGAACUUUAUUUUAUUUACAAUCUCUUUAUGUAACCGGCUCGCUAUGUAGCAUAUAUCUGAACAAGGAUAGAAGUUAAUCACUCUAGCUUAUGAUGAAUACCAAUCACUGACCGCUUGGGAUGUUGUUUCAUUCUAUUUUGCUUGAUAUAUCUAUAUACGAUACUUGUUGAACAGGUUUUGAUCGACCAGAAUUGCCGAUUGGUCGUCCAACGAGAUGUUUGCAGAAGUUCUUUCUGUCACGAAGCCGCGAAAAUUGAAAUCUUUGUUUAGAUUAAUAUUAAUUUUUCAUUUUUUAAUACUUUUAUUUGUUACAAUUUAAAAUUUUACCAAAAUUAUAAUAUACGUGAAAGUUUUUGUGAAAUAAAUAAAAUAUAACGAUUUCCCUUAUGCCAACACCACGUGGGAUUUGAUAAUUAUAAAAAUUCAUGAUUAAAUAUAAAAUGUAAUUGUUUAUAAUUCUAGUAAUCAAAAUUCUUUAAUUGUUUUCUACUUAAACACAUGUUCCUCCUUUUAAUAUUAUCUUAGAGAAAAAAAGAUUCAGUUCAUUUUUCUACUAAAAAGAAUAAAAAUUUGCGUAUUCUAGAUUUGACAUACAAAUGGUAAUAUUGUUUGUUAUAUAAUUAUAAUAAACUGCAAUGCGCUGAUAAGUACCUCCUGCAAUGUCUUAUCUUAUAAUUAUGAAAACAGACUGCUUGGGUAACUCAUAACACGUGAUACAUCUACCGGAUUAAUCCAGAUGUUGUAACUAUUAAUCUAAAUCAUAUAAUGAAAUUUUCUUUAUCUCUGUACAAUUACUAAAUAUGCUUUUAGUUAUGACAGAUAUUUAAUGUAGAUAUUCCUUUGUAAUAUAAAGUGCAAAAGAUUACAAGUUCGAUUAAAAUAAUAUAUAAUAAAAAAAAUUAAUGUUAUCCACAUUACUGAAUAAGGAGAAAGGUCUACUGUAUUUCCUGAACAAUGAAUUUGAAAAACCUUCAAAGUGUGAGAGAUGUUUUGAAACAGCAGUUAAGGAAGCAUUUAAUUUUCUUGAAUUUACUAUGGAACAAUUUUCUGAGAUAUUUAUCCCAUACAUUAUUGAUGCUAAGAAUACAUGCCAAAAGGCGCUUGUAACGAGAUGUCCCAUGCUUAUUCAAAGAGCAGCAUGUAAUGCUUUUAAUAAAUUAAUUGAAUUAUUUAAGGAUUAUGAAAUUGAAUUAGGGGAAACUAUAAAAACAUUUAUACCUUUGCUUACCAAAAUAGAUAUAAAAGAGAGAAGUAUAUUGUUCUGUGUCAUUGGUACCAUUACAAAGCACAAUCCUGAAAUUCUAGAGAUACAAGAUUCAUCUAUGAUCUUUGAUCAGCUAAGAAAUGACUUCAUAAAGCAGUAUAAUCCACAAACCGUAUCUCCAACUGAUACAUUUCAAAUAUAUUUGGAUGUCUUUUCUAAUCUAUUGAGAGAACUUCCAGAUGAUUUGAAACAAAAAUACUGCAAAGAAUUAUAUGACUGGAUUAAAGUACUAAGUCGUCCAGACAGGUAUCAGGUUAAGAAAGUUUCAAUGAGAUCUGCAAUCAAUUUGUUGUCACAUCAUAUUUACUUGUUUCGUGAAUUUGUUUAUUCUGACUAUGAAUAUUGGCAUGAUUUAUUAAAAAAUCUUGCUCAAGAUAAAAAUACUCAAUGCAGCGAAUGCGGACAAUAUGCUUUAAAAAGUUUUUAUCGAAUGAUUGGAAACACAUUGAAACACAAAGCUUCUGAAAAAGACAAGACUGCAUUUUUGUAUUUUAAAAAUCUUUUCGAAAAACAAUUAAAAAAUAAUCAGCAAAUAAAUACAAAUAUGUCACGUUUUAUAGUAUAUGGUUUUAGUCAUAUGGCAGCUCCAUGUAAAAGGUAUCUCACAGAUAAUGAUGUAAAAGAAAUGUUUUCAUUGAUUGCUCAAUGUGCUGUGCCACUGUAUUCCAGAGAAGAUUUAGGACAAUUAAACUUGGAAAGUAUUUGUGAUUAUCUAGAAGCCCUGUCUGAAAUAAUAUUACACACAGUAGACCUAUCAAUUGAUCAAAUUAAUACCAUUCUGAAGCUCAGUAUUAUAUUAAUUAAAAGGUUUCCUGAUCUUCCUAUAACUAAUCAAGCUCAUGUAAUUUCUUCAUUGAUAACUACAAUCAUCAAUGUCGGAAUAGUUGAUAAAAUUUUAUUGGAGGAAUUUCUGUAUAACUUAAUUCGUAAUGGAAUAAUAUGGACUUGUUCGCAUACCUUGUUUGUCGAUGCGGAAUUACAACGAGGAUUAAGAAAUCUUGAAGAGCGUCCAAUAUGUUACAAAAACUAUUUACCUUUGUGGUUACAACUUUUGAAACCAGAAAAAUACAAAAGACAUAAAGAUAUUAUACAAGAAAUGGUUGAUGCAACAAUACAUGCAUGCAUUGAAUUAAUUAGUAAAUUAAAUCUGAAUACAAAGAUGAAGGAUGAUAACAUAUUUUCAAAUGCAGUUUUUUCUCAAAUUGCUGAAAAUGCAUCAGAUUUUAGAAUGUUUGUUAAUAUUGUUGAUUUAUAUGUUGAUAUAAUUAAUAAAUUAGAAUCUUUUUUGUUGAUGAGCAUUAUACACAAAUUCUUAUUGAAAUUCAUCAAUAUGUCUUAUAAAUAUCCUCUCGUAUCUGGAUUUUAUAAAUUAGUGUAUGCAACUUACAAACAUAUUUCCAAUUUAACCAAAGAUAAAAUUGAAAUAGAAACAUUUGAAUUAUUAUAUAAAUAUAUAAUGAACAUAGUGACUUUAAUUUCCACAUUUACUGGUGAAUUGUUAACUAUAUGUUUAUCUUUAAUUCUAAAUGCACCAGAGAUUUAUAUAGAACAUAUACUGACCAGUGCCAUUCCAGCAUUUAAGAUUGCUUUAACUGUGGGUUUGAGCGAUUUUGAAAUUGCUUGUACUGCAUUAAAUGCCUUAGAGAAGUGGACAAGCCAUUUGACCAAUGAACAAUCGAGUAAAUUUUUACUGGAAAUAGUGCCAUUUUUGGAACCAUAUUUAAACAGUGAAGAAAGCUGCAUGGAAAUAUUACAAGACAUAAUAAAAACAGAAAGAAAAUUUAUCAAACGCAUUAUACAGAAAGAGGAUGAGAACACUUUAGAAAGACUUCAAAUGAGGGUUCUGUUAUUCAUUGCCUCACUUGACACAGAUAUAAUAAUGAAUUUUGUCUACAAGAAAUCCAUGGAUAUAGGAGCUACUUGGGAUAAAAAGGAUUUACUGAAGUAUUCACUGGCUUUAUCGGAUACAGAAGUGAAUAUCAAUUUUGAUAAAAUUUUACCAAGAUUGACUCAAUUGGCUCAAAACUCUGGAGAUAGACGAACAAAAAUAAUUGCCUGCGAAGCACUUCAUUCUAUGAUAAUAUUUAUUCUAGGCAAAACAUCACAUUUAAAUCAAGAUAAAUUUGCUCCUUUAUAUAAAGUAAUAUAUCCAAGUAUACUUAAUUUAGGUUGUGAUUUUGAUGAAGCAGCAAGAAAAAUUUUUCAACUUCUGACGCUACAGUUAACGCAUUGGUUAAGUUCAAAGUUUAUGAUUAAAUCUCUAGCAACUACAUACUUUAUAGAUUCAGUGUUCGAAGCUUUGAACAAUGAUUCCAAUUCUUCAUUGAGAGAAUUUUCUGGCCUGUGCUUGGUUGAGUUUACGAAAUGGUCUAUAAAACAGUCUGUUACUGAGGGAUCUCAAUCAAACAUUAAUGAAGUUAUAUGUAAAAUAACGAAUUUCGCGCUUCAUCCUUCUAUGUCUAAACGAAUUGCAGCUGCAACAGCAUUUAAUCAUCUGUAUGUUAUUUUACGUGAAGAUACAAAAAUUGUUUCUAUACACUGGUUAGAAAUUUUGUAUUGCUUUAUAAAGAGUUUAGAUGGUUGUAACGAUCCCUCUAUUAUAAUUGCACUUAAUCACGUUGAGAGAGUUAUAAUUGCAAAAAAAUAUUUAUUGAAUGCAAAACACAAUGAACGUAGGAAACCAAUUGAAUUUGAAAGUUUCACUUUAACGGAUGCAGUAUACUGGUUAUUAACUCAGUGUGGUUGCUUAAACCAUUCUUGUAGGGCAAAAUGCAUGGAAUUGGUGAUUAAACUUUCUGAACACAUAACAAAUUGCGAUUCAGCAGAAACAAUGAUAAAUAAUUAUAUUAAUAUUUAUGGAAAUAAUACAUUUAAUGCAAUAAUAUUUAAAGACCUAGAAUCAAAGGUAGAAAGCCUUUCUUAUAAUACUAUUUUGCCUCUCUUGAGAAGUUUGGACUGUUACAUUUGGCUGAUACGAAACAAUUUAUUGAAGAUAGAAUACUUAUUUGGAGAGUCAAAUACUGAAAGGGAAGUAAUCUUCAACUGUGCAAAGAAUUUCAUUCACUUAAUUAAUAAGAUCAAAAUGGAAACAAAUGAUGAUGGUGAUGUAGUGCGAUCGAAAGAGUUCGAAGAACUGCAAACAUUACAGUGUAAAUUAAUAAUCACUAUAUUUGAUUUCUUUCAAAUUCUUCUUAAUUUGAAUGAAAAUUAUGUACCAGAUUUCUUUUUGAGUAAAGAUCUGUUUGAGUUAAUUUCUAAAUGUAUAAUGUGCCCUCAAGUUAUUGGGUUUGACGUAAUAAAUUUUGCAAAUACUGAAGCACUUCUACUAGUUCUGGAUAGUUUGAUAACAAGAAUAAUACAGAAGGAUGAUGAUACUGUAUUGAAAUGCAUACAACGUGAAUUGUUUAUAUAUGUUGAAAAACAUAUAAAUACUUUUAUCGAUUUGGAUAAAAUUGUCUUUAGUACAGAUAGUUGCAGUGAAUUUAAACAAUACGUUCGUGGUUUAAGUUUUUUGAAGAAACAUAAUUUACUUAAUAAGGAGUACAAUGGAGUAUAUUCACUUGAACAAUCAAACGAUAAAAUUAUGUGCAUCUUCAAAAGCAUUGCACAGAAACGAAUGGGUGAAUUUGUCUGCGUAAAUAUCACAACACCAGUAAUAAAUUAUUUAAAGACUCUGGUAGAAUUGUUCCUUAUGCAUUAUGAGUCAUCAAUUACAAGAACAUUGAUUACAUUAAUUGAAAAUGAUACAAUACUUAUAUCAAACUUCGAAAAAAUUGAACAUGGUAAAUAUUUUUUACGCAUGUUUAAGAAUGAAAUAUUUAUUUACAUGUUAAAGGAUCUAGAGAAGACUGUCGAAAUACUCGAAAUUUUAUUGCAAACAAAUCCAUCUCUUCUGUUAACGAUAACUGAGCAAUUAUUCUUGUUUGUCCAACGACAUAAAAAUGAAAUACAUGAAAAUAGAGAAUUCUUAGUAGAUGUUAUGAUUAAAAGAUUUACAAUGUUCAAACAAGCUGUCAAUAAUUUAGAAGAUAGAAAAGAAAAACUGAUUAACAUUUACAGCAUUGCUGUGCAUUUGAAGCAGAACCCAAUUGAAGUACAGUCUCUGAGUACAGACUUUUAUAUGUGGAUUCUUAAUCAAUUAACAGAAAAUAAUGACAUAAAUUACAAGAUUAAGAUUCUUCAGAAUUUUCUCGUAUGUUUGACUGACAUUACAUGUAAUACAAAACCGGAAUUGCUUGUCAUUUUACGUUCUCUACGAAACGAUAGACUAGCUAUCUGCCCAAAUGAUUUUUCACAAAAGAAUGUGGAAGCCUUAAAAAUCAUUCAUUGUUACCAAACGUUAUUAACGUUACUACCAAUAACAAAAUCAGUUACAUUAUUCGAGUCUAUAAUUUUAUUUGCAGCUGGUAUCGCUGAACAAUUGUGUGAUGAGAAAACAAACAAAUAUCUAGGGAAAUAUUUUAGUUGUAUUAGCUCUGACAAUGCUUUAGAGUCUAUAGAAGUAGCGUACAAAUUAUUCAUGAAUUUAAAUACAUCGAUAAAUGAGAGAUUCGAUGUACUACGAAAAUUUCUUUUACCAUUAUUUCAGUUAUGCAAAACUCUCGAAAUACGUAUGUUUUUUGAAAGAAAUAUCAAUGAAAUAUAUGCGAUUAUUCAGCAAGCAAUUAUUGGGAAUCGUUCAGAUAUGCAACAACUUAUAGUAUCGAAGAUAGGUUGUUAUGAUCUUGUUGCAAUCAUGUUUGCAAAGAUAGAUAUUAGUCUAAUAGAUAAUCCUGAAAGUGUUAUUACACGAAAUGCCAUCAGUGAAGUAGUAACUGGAAAAGAACUGUUAAAAAAUUUAUAUAAUUGUGUAUUACAUGUACGUAUGUUAAAAACACCUGAACCAGAACAGAAAGAGCUAAUGAGACUUUUGCACUGUUCUGCAUACAAUUGUUCUAUAGCAAUUGUAUCUUUAAAGACGGAUGAAGACUCUUACAUGAGCGUCUUUGCUGAAAACCGAAAGAAGGAACAGUUGAUUUGGGAGAAUAUUGUAGAUUGUCAGAGACAGUACAAUCUUCAACAGACUUUUGACAAAUAUCCAAAAAAUCUUAAGAAAUUGGUUAAUAUAAGAAAUAACAUAAAAAAACAAGGAAACUCUGUACAUUACUCUUAUAUUUACAGUUAUAAUUUAUCUAAUUGCACCUUAAAUGAAGAUAUAAAUGCUUACGAUUUCAAUGAAGCUAUUGUAUGGGAUAAUGGUAGCAAUACAGAUUCUAAAGAAGAGGGCAUGAGUUUAUUGUUUGAGAAUGAUGAAUUAAACAAUCAUGAAUGUAUGGCCUCUAUUUGUGGCGUGUUAAGGCACAUGGUAUCUGAAAAAAUAUGUACACCAUCUGAUAAUAAUGAUAUUAUCGUACCAAAAUGGUUAAAAUGUUUUUGUAGUUCAACAGGUUGCAAUAAUGUAAAACUUUUCAUGCUGAAAGUUAUUUUAAACACACAAAGUGUGUUUAAACCAUAUGCAAAAUUUUGUCUUCGGUCUAUAAUAUAUGCCACAUAUGUGUAUUUAAGACAAAAUGCGUUAAAUUAUGUUAUUAUUGAUGUUAUAGAAAUGCUAAUAGAUUGGCGAACUGUAGCUCUACCUGAUGCAAAUGAUGAAAAGGCUGUAGCACAAAAGUUAUGGGAAGUAAUCAUUGAAAAAGCUGUGGUAAAAAAGACAGAUGAGAUUCCUAAAAGUGUUUAUAAGUAUAAUAUGAAUAUGAUAAAAACACUUUUUGAAGUGUGGCAUACUUGCUUAGAAUUACCUCAAAAUUUAGAUAAUAAGAUGAAAACAGCACCUGGAGCUACAGUAUAUUUGAUAUUAAUUUAUUUGGUAAAUGGAAUGGUAAAUGAAGUUGUUGAAAGGAAUAAUAUUUUAGAGUUUCUGGAAAAAUCUUUAGAAAAUUGGAAAGAUGAUGAGGAAACAGUUUUACAAUGCUGUGAAUGUUAUGGCCUGAUUUUAAAGUAUUUGGAUGAAUGUGACAAUCAUUCCAAUAGAAAAGGAACCAUAAUUGGAAAAAUUGACAGUGUAUUAGGACAGAUGCAAAUGACAUUCGAGUCGAGACAAAUAAAAUGUAUUUGUGCACUGUGCAAAAGUUAUCCAGAUGCUGGUAUGAUUUAUUUUGAGUUUGUUAUUGCAAAUAUAUUUAAGGUAGAUAGAAUGGCACAAUCGCAUUGUUUAGAAAUAUUUUUAGUAUCUAUACCAAAGCUUAGUGACAAUCCAGAUAAAAUAAUAAAAGAAUUAGAUUACAUAAAGUUUCUUGAUUUAUUAAGGAACAAAGUUUUACCUUGCGAAAAGAUAGCACUACAGAUAAUUAAUUCCUUGAUUCCUAUUGUUUCUGCAUCAUAUUUAUCGUCUCUAAUUAAUCUGGUACUUCCAUAUACAAAACAUGAUUUUUCUGAAUACAGAGAAUGUGCAUAUAAUAUAUUUAUGAAUAUUUAUAAGCGCUACAUUGAAGAUAUAUCUGACAAUGAAGAGAUAAAAGAAUUAAUGCAUAUUAGUAAAGAAGUAUUAUGUAAUAGUGUAUUAGACCCUGUUGAACAAUUACAAGAGAAGGUAUUAAGUUUUUGGACUCAGGAUGCACACUUAAAGAAUUCUUGCAAAGAAAGAUUAAUGGAAACUUUAAAUGUAUAUACAACUGGUGUUGGAAACAAUUUUCUGCCGUUUGUGCUUCUGAUGAUUCUGGACCUUACUAAAAAAUCAAAAAAUUAUAUGCAGAAAAUAUUUGAAGAACCCUUGUAUGAAUGUAAUUAUACAGAUUAUGAAAUAACACCUUCAUGGAGAAUUAAAAAUUUGGAAUCGAAAGCUCCGCUUUUUGUUCCAUCUCUGGCUAAUCAAAUGAGUCAAACCUUCACUGAAAUGGGUGCUACUUUUGAAAAUUUUGUCGAUUUCACAGAUGUAAGAUCUAUUGGUUCAAAUACUAAGUUUAACCUGCAAGCCACUCAAGAUCCUGAAUUUGAACCAACUUAUAUUAAUGAAGAAAUGGUUAUGUCAAAUGACUACAAUUAUGGUAACGCAUCUAAUAUGUCAACGAUACCACAACCUGCUCAUAAUAAAAAGUCAAAAAGAUUCAUAAAAAAUUCUACUGAAAUUUCGAAAGUCGUACGACAGAAGGAAAUUAAGAAGAAUAUUCAGUAUGCUGAAAUGAUAAAAGAAGAAACUGCUCGUCAAAGAAGCAGUGUGAAAUUAUAUAGAAAAUAUAGAAUAGGUGAUUUUCCAGACAUUGGAAUAUAUCACUCUACACUGCUUGAACCAUUGCAACACUUAGCAAAGAAAGAUGUACAGAUUUGUAAGAAUUUAACAGUUUCUAUUGUUUGCUCGUUAUUAAAAGAGCAUGGACAAGACGAAUUUGUAAAGAAUGUUGCAAAUAGUUUAAAAUUUAUUACAGAAAAGGAACAGGGAAAUAAUUCUAUAAUAGCUGCGAAUUUAGAAAUAUUGCUGGCUACUCGCAUAAUAAAUUGCUCACCAGUGGUUAUUGCAAAAAUAUCUAGAUUAAAUAGUUUGAACUUCCUUGGAUCUCUUGUUAUAGAAGAAAAUUUAAUUUAUAAUAUAAAUGACACUGAACCACGUGAAAAGAAGGCAAAAAAUAAUGCACAGGGCAUAAAUGAUACACAGUCUACUAAUGAAGAAUCCAAUGAGUGGUUGCAAUUGGCAAAUCUUUAUGAGUCCAUGAAUGAUGUUGAUAUAGUUCUCAGCAUUUUCCAGAAUCAUAUCACAGAUAAAAAUAUGCAAGAAGCAUCAUUUGCUCAAGCAGCUAAUAAUUGGAUUAGAGCAAAAACAGCGUAUGAGAAAGCCUAUGAAAUAAACUCUGAAUUGGUCAAAGAACAUUGUCUUCAAGGCUUAUUUGAAUGUUUAAGUAAUUUAUGUUAUUGGAAUGAAGUUGAUAAAUAUAUACAAAGUAGAUUAAAUAAAAAUAUAGACAAUAUUUGGAAUGAUCCAUGGAAACAUUGGAUGUUCCCAUGGAUUUUCGAAAUUUAUUUGCGAAAAUUGACUGAUGAAAAUACCAAUAAUUCACUUCCUCAGGUUAUAAAAAUUAUGGGCGCGUGGUUAGAAGACGAUACAAAAGUAAAGUAUAUUAAACGAUUCUUUGGCGGUGAAUUAUCGAUGUUCUUUGUAGUAAAGGAGUCUCUAGAAAAUGCUCAUGAUUUUAUACUGAAUACAUUGGAUGAGAUAAGGGAACAAUGGAUCAAACUUCAUCCACUUUCUACACAAUUAAGAAUACAUAAACUACAAAAACUGCGAAAUAUCAAUGAUAUAAAUUGGUUUAUAAAAAUUUUGAAAACGGCAAAGAAUCCAAAUAAUUUACAAGAAAUUUUCAAAUUCUGGAGCAAUAGUUUACCAUCUGUGCAAGAUCCUAUUGUCGCAUGGGACAAAUUAAUAUCUUGCAGAAUGUGCUUUAUCAACUGGCAGCUGAAUGAUUUAUUGAAACCAUGGAAUGUAGAUGAAACUCAACAAGAUUCAGAAAAUAUAUUAGAUAGUGAAGAGAGUCGGAUCACUGACCAAUUGCGUACAAUAACUUUCAAUAUGCAAUUGAAAAUGAUUGAAGCAGCAUUGAAUCAAAAGAAUAAAUAUAUAGCAACAAAAUACUUCUGUCAAUUGGAACAGAAUAUGUCAAAUUAUUCUGACAUGAAAUAUCAGUUUAUUUUAAAGUUGUAUGCUGCAAAAUUAAAGUACUUAAAUGGUAAGAUUGAAACGGAUAUAGAAAAGAAGCUAUCCAAUUAUUCUUCUUCCUGGGAAUACUGUCACAAUCUCCUUCAGGAAACUAAUCUAGAUCCCAUAAUAAAUGUACAUGUUCGACAACAAUUGAGUAAAAUAGCUUUACAAGUUGCAGAGUUCAGUCAAAAAGAUCAAACAUUUUCUCACUUGUUAAUGAAGAAUACUGUAAUUUUGAAGGAAAUUAACAUAGGGAAUAAUGAUAUAUUUGUCAUUAGAGAAUCAUUGAAAACUUAUAGUUUAGAUCAAUUAAAAAUAUGUUGUACUACACCAACUUCAAUCAUCAAAGAUUGCUACUUCAAUCUCUCAAAAUACUGUUACGACAAAUUAUCAUGUGGUACGAACGAUAUUCAAGCAAGUAAAGAAUUUGUGCGGUCUACGUUAAAAGCAAUGAGUUACGGGUCUCUUGAUGCAGCACACUACUUCCCUUGUUUAUUAAAAACUGAAUAUUUUGAAGAAGAAGAAACGAAGGAUAUUUUCUUAAAGGAGAGUGAGGGAGUCCAAACUUGGUUGUUUCUUUCUUGGCAGGCUCAACUCUUCUCACAUCUAGGAACGUCCAUUGCACCAUUAGUCAUACAUAUCCUCAAACGAAUUGUCGAAACUUAUCCUAAUGCUGUAAUCUAUACAUUUCGUUUAACAGUGGAAACUAACCCCGCUCUUUUGAAUGAAACUAGAACUUAUGAAAUUCGGCAAAUAGUCUACAAGAGACUUGAUAUUGAUCAAUUUCUAUUAGCAAUGCAGUAUGUAGUUCAGCCAGAAUUAUACUUGCAAUAUUACUUAACUGAAUUUUUAAAAAACUUAUCCCUUGGCCCUUCUACUGCUAUAAACAUACUGUUGAAAAAAGUAUAUUUAAAUUCAUUGGAAAAAGAACAUGGUAUAAAACCAGGGAUAGUAUUCAAUGAGAUUAAAGACUAUGAAAAUAAAAUAAAGAAAUUAGAACAAAAAAAGCCUGAUGAAAUUAAACGGCAAGUGUAUCGAUGGAUUGGAGACCUUACAGGAUCUCUUGCUAGACGUAGAAAUAAGUUACAUCUGCAGGACUAUAGUCCAUGGUUAUACAAAUAUUCAGGAAAGGAUAUAGAAAUACCUGGACAAUACAUUGGUGACAGAAAGCCUAUGCCACAAUAUCAUGUUAAAAUUAUGAAGAUAGAAUCUUCAGUGAAAGUGAUGCAAUCACUGCGUAAACCUAUUCAAAUUAUUAUGGUUGGUAAUGAUGCAAAGGAGUAUCCUUUCCUGGUAAAAUUCGGUGAAGAUUUAAGACAAGAUCAAAGGUUGCAACAGCUAUUCACUAUUAUGAAUAAGACGUUACACAAUGAUACUGCUUGUAAGCAAAGACAAUUGUCUAUUGAUACUUAUCAGGUAAUUCCUUUAUCUAAAACAGUAGGACUAAUACAGUGGAUAAACAACACAAGAUCUUUACAAGAGUUAAUACACUUUACAUUAUCUAAAGAAGAAAUAAAAUGGUAUGAAUCAAUAUAUGGGAAUUAUAAAGAAUGGAUUCAAAGUGCUGCACCUUCUAAAAAACAAGAUGAAGGAUAUAAAGAGGCGAUAGUGAAGUAUAGCGCAUCAAAAGUGAUCACUAAAAUGAAUGAGUUCAUAAGGAAGACCAACUGGGACAGUUUGCGUAAAACGUUUACGAUUCUAUGCCCUUCCGUAGAAAGUUUCAUUGUAAUGCGUCGAAAUUUUAGUACGACGUAUGCUACCAUGUGUGUUGCUCAUUGGAUCUUGGGAAUUGGCGAUCGACAUCUUGGAAAUAUUUUGAUUAGUAUUAAAUCAGGACGUUGUUUAGGCAUAGAUUUUGGAUUAGCCUUCGAUGCUGGUGUUGAUAAAAGAAUUCCUGAAUUGAUGCCAUUUCGUUUAACACAUCAAAUUCUUGGUUUGCUCAAACCUUUUACUGAAAAGGAUCUUUUGCAGACAGUGAUGAUUUAUACAUUACGAGCGUUGAGAAACAAAUCUGGUCCUAUUUUAUCUUGUAUGGAUGUAUUUGUUCAUGAACCGCUAAAUUGGACUGAACAUGUUAACAGAAAGCUACAAGAAAGUGAAGAUGAUACUGCAGACAUUAAAUGGUUGCCCGUUAAAAAGAUUGAAGCUGUCACAAAAAAAUUGAAUGGAACCAAACCACACUUGAUUAUUCUAGAACAAUUAAAAAAGCAGUACGAUGAUAAAUACCUUAAUAGGUAUCGUAAUAUACUCAAUGGGGAGGACGACAUUAAACGAUUUCGAAAAGAAAUAAAAGAUGAUCAUUUAACUCCCGAGGAACAGAUUGAAUGCUUGUUGGAUCAAGCAACUGAUUUGAAUAUUUUAGGCCGCACAUAUGUCGGAUGGCAACCAUGGCUUUAGGUUUUACACCAUUAUAUUUAUAAUUAAUUGUGAACUGUGAGAAGUCAUAGAAGAGUAAUAUAUUUUAUACAUGAAUGAAUUUUUUAUCUUUCAGAAUAAAAUAUUAUUAGUAUAAUAGAUUGCUUGACAUUUAUACUAUUUGCAUAUCUAUUUUAAAUGUAAAAUAGUUGAAUUGUAAAAUUUGAUAUUUAUUUAUUCAUUUUAUAAUUUUGUAUUUUGUACAUUAACAUUUUUUCUAUUUAUUAAGUAGUUUUACUAAAUUCCUUAUAUCCAAAUAAUUCAUCUUAAUAUAAACUAAUAAAGAAAUUACUUUUAAUAAAACUAAUAAAACUAAUAUGACAUAAACAUCUAUUACAAAGUAUUGGUAAAAGUUGGGGCUAAAUUUUAGAAGCAUGUAGUAUCUGUGCGUCAAAUUAAAUGUGGAAGAAUUAAAAUAUUACGUUGUAAGUUAUUUUACAAAAUUGUUUAAUAUAAUUUUAUCAACAUUACUAAUAUUUUUAAUAUUAACUUACAUUAAUAUUUUUAAUUAUUUAAAAUGCUUGCAAAAAUUUAAUCUAGAUAUGAUAUUAACUGAUCAAGUUUAAUUGAUUUAAAUAAAUAGCAAGUGUUGCAAACAGAAGAUGAAGGUAAAUACUUAACUAUUAUUAUUAUAUUAUUAUUAAUGCAUUAAACCGAUAUUUUUAACUGAUAU